AUGCCAUAUGCUAGACUUAAGCCCGUCCGGAAGCGAUGGCGUGAACAUGGUGUACAAUUUCUCCAAUUAGCCACAACAGAUAUCUUUGAAGCACCAGAUCAGGAUAAAUUAUAUGAAGGAGUCAGAUUUAUUAAUAGAUUUCUUCCAAGUAGUAAUAAGCUCUCUGGAUUACCCCUAGAUGACAAACAAACAAACAGUGGUACUGUAUAUGUACAUUGUAAAGCAGGAAGAACUCGAAGUGCUACGCUAGUUGGCUGUUAUCUUAUGAUGAAAAAUGGUUGGACCCCAAACGAGGCAGUUGAAUAUAUGCGGUCCCGAAGACCCCACAUACUUCUUCAUACGAAGCAGUGGCAAGCUCUAGAUAUAUUCCAUCAGAGACAUAUUAAAUCGUGA